AUGGCUCUUCCGGGAGAGCGAUUCCACGUUCUUGCUCAACUGGAGCAUCUCCAGUCAAAAUACACUGGAACCGGCCAUGCCGACAUGAACAGACACGAAUGGGUUGUCAAUCAGGUAUACUAUUUUUAGAUCUUACUCAAUUAUGAUCGAUUCUUCAGCACCGUGACACACGUGCUUUCCAAAUGUCGCAUCCAGGAAUGAACACUUUCAUCGCUGUGGUGGAGAACGAGAGUCGUGCACGCACUCGAUUCAACCUCAUCAACCGAAUGAUACAGCCGUGCGGACCACCGCCGGAGAAGAAUCCUCUUGACGACGCCUGA